UUCAAAGGAGCUUCGACUGUUGCUGAAUGUACCACGGCGCUUUCUGAGCUUCUAUGGCGUUCAGGGCGAUGCAAGGGUGCCUAUACAAGGCUGAAGACUCCUCAUGAGGCGAUGUUGCAAAGGCUUGGCUUGAGAGAAGAGGGAGCAGAUGAUGAUGAGGCUGGUCCAUUGCUUCGAAGCUCAGCAGUUGGUCGACCAUUGGUAUUCAAGUAUGACUUCAUAGAAGUGUAUGCUGGAGCCUCGAAAGUUUCUGCAGCUGCUUCAGAACUGGGGCUGGUUGUUGGUCCAUAUGCUUUCAGCAGUGAAUAUGACAUGGCCUCGGCGCCAGUGAUUGGCUGGCUCUCACACAUCAUGUCAACAGGGCUUCUGUCAAGCGCUAUGGUGGAGCCCGUCUGUACAACAUUUUCUAUGAUCCGCCGGCCUCCCCUACGGUCGCAAAGCAAACCUGUGGGGUUCAAUCCGCUGGAGAAACACACCAGGUUGGGGAACAUUCUGGCUUUGAGUGCUUUUACAGAUUGCCUACAGACUUGGACCUCCAUGAUGCGCUUCCUGCCUCAGUGGUCUGCUAUUUCCCGCCGUUCGGGGUCGAUGCUGGUGUCGUAUCGAUAA